CUUAUUAAAUAGAUUAAUUUGGGUGUCGGUUUGUCUACCAAAAUGAAACUUGUCAGGUUUUUGAUGAAGCUGAAUCACGAAACAGUAACAAUAGAGCUGAAAAACGGGUCACAAGUCCAGGGAACAGUAACAGGAGUAGACAUGACCAUGAACACACAUCUGCGCAACGUGAGGCUAACUCUGAAGAACAAGCAGGAGCCAAUUAUAAUGGACACUUUAUCGAUUCGAGGCAAUAACAUCAGACAUUACAUACUCCCAGAUAGUCUGCCUCUCGAUACCUUACUUGUAGACGAUGCACCUAAAGGCAGAGGGCGCGGCAUGAGAAGUUCACGAGGUGGACCGCCUGGCCGUGGCGGAAGAGGACGGGGCGCGCGAGGAAGAGGUGGACCUCGAGGUGGAAGAGGACGAGGAGGACGCGGUCGAUAAGCUAUUUUGUUGCAUAGACGGUCAUGGCGACAUAUUUAUUCGCGUUUCUUUUUAUGUUUCUCUUCAAACUGUCAAAUGCUAUUUGUUUUCGAUUCUCUAAAAUAUACUUGUGAUGAUAUGAUGUUUUUAUGUUCAACUGAAUAAUUCAUUGUUCUUUUGUGAA